UCAGUCUUUAUUGGGGCGACACAACAGCCACAGCUCCGGGGUGUCAGGAUGGUUGUGGGGCGCUAUGGGGCACAGUGGGGUGGUUAUGGGGCGCUAUGGGGUUGUUUUGGGGCGCUGUGGGGUGGUUAUGGGGCACAUGGGGGUGGUUAUGGGGCGCUAUGGGGUGCUAUGGGGUGGUUAUGGGGUGCUGUGGGGCGCUACGUGGUGGUUAUGGGGUGCUAUGGGGUGCUAUGGGGCGCUGUGGGAUGGUGGUGGGGUGCUAUGGGGUGGUUAUGGGGGGCUGUGGGGUGGUUAUGGGGUGCUAUGGGGUGGUUAUGGGGGGCUGUGGGGUGGUUAUGGGGCGCUGUGGGGUGGUUAUGGGGCACAGUGGGGUGGUUAUGGGGCGCUAUGGGGUGCUAUGGGGUGGUUAUGGGGGGCUGUGGGGUGGUUAUGGGGUGCUAUGGGGUUGGUUUGGGGCGCUGUGGGGUGGUUAUGGGGGGCUGUGGGGUGGUUAUGGGGUGCUAUGGGGUGCUAUGGGGGGCUGUGGGGUGGUUAUGGGGUGCAAUGGGGUGGUUGUGGGACACUGUGGGGUGGUUGUGGGGCGCUGCAGGGUGGUUAUGGGGUGCUAUGGGGUGGUUAUGGGGUGCUAUGGGGUGCUGUGGGGUGUUAUGGGACACUGUGGGGUGGUUAUGGGGCGCUAUGGGGUGGUUAUGGGGUGCUAUGGGGUGGUUAGGGGGCACUGUGGGGUUGUUUUGCGGGUGCUGUGGGGUGGUUAUGGGACACUGUGGGGUGGUUGGGGGGCGCUGUGGGGUGGUUAUGGGGCGCUGUGGGGUGGUUAUGGGGUGCUAUGGGGUGGUUAUGGGGGGCUGUGGGGUGGUUAUGGGGUGCUAUGGGGUGGUUAUGGGGUGCUAUGGGGUGGUUAUGGGGGGCUGUGGGGUGGUUAUGGGGUGCUAUGGGGUGGUUAGGGGGCACCGUGGGGUUGUUUUGGGGUGCUGUGGGGUGGUUAUGGGACACUGUGGGGUGGUUGGGGGGCGCUGCGGGGUGGUUAUGGGGUGCUAUGGGGUGGUUAGGGGGCGCUGUGGGGUGGUUAUGGGGUGCUUAUGGGGUGCUAUGGGGCGGCUAUGGGGUGGUUAUGGGUGCUAUGGGGCGCUGUGGGGUGCUAUGGGGUGCUUAUGGGGUGCUAUGGGGCGGCUAUGGGGCGCUGUGGGGCAAUAUGGGGACAAUCACAGCUCUGGGUGUUGGGGUUGGUGACAACAUCCAGGGUGGCUCCAGGUGUUGGGGACAAGUCCAGGUGUUGGGGACGGUGUUGGGGACAUCGUUGGUGACAGGUCCGGGUGUUGGGGAUGGUGACAACGCUGACAGUGGCUCCGGGUGUUGGGGGCAGUGACAACAUCCAGGGUGGCUCCAGGAGUUGGGGACAGGUCCAGGGAGUUGGGGACAGGUCCAGGAGUUGGGGACUGCUCUGGGUGUUGGUGACAUUGUUGGUGACGGCUCCGGGUGUUGGGGACGAUGACAACAUCCAGUGUGGCUUCAGGUGUUGGGGACAAGUCCAGAUGUUGGGGACAUUGUUGGUGACGGCUCCAGGUGUUGGGGGCGGUGACAACAUCCAGGGUGGCUCCAGGAGUUGGGGAC